AGACCCGGUCUAGUAUAGUUUGACCGGUCAAGUAAUUUACACCAUCAUUUUUGGCGCCACCCGUGGGACCGUUAAGGUUUCUUCACUUCUAAAACCUACCCACAAGAAAACCACUCGAAAUGUCUUCCAGCCAACAAAUCAACGCUACUGUCGCACAGGUGCAAGCCACCAAUGAGGGCGCCAGCAUCCCAGUGGCUGCUACCAUACCGGUCAUUUCAGCCCCGGUGUUGCCUCUGGGUCUCAGCUCUGUCCCGACGGCCAGCGUGAUCAGUCCCUUCGCGACCCCCGUCCCUUCCGCUGGACCGAGGGUCACGUUCCCACCAAGCAUGGCUCAGUUCAUGAACGACCCAGCCAACCUACAAGCCAUCCAGGGCUUUGGCCAGGUUAUGGCCAUGUGCCAGCAGAGCGGGGGGAUGCCUUUCCUCCCUGGUAUGUUCCCUUUCGCCCUUCCAGGCACGGGGACCAUGCCCCUACAAGCUCUGAUGGCGGUGACGUCGUUCCAGACGCCGAUGCCAUCACCUUUCCAGCCCCAGCUGGUCAGCACCAUGGCCCCUGUCAACUUGACCGGCGCACUUAACGCCGCAGGGCCGUCGCGUCCCCCGCAAACUACGAAUCCGCAGACCACUCCUGAUGGUCAUUGCGUCUCGAUUGAGAGCGAUGACGGCGAGUGGGACAUCCCGAGGGCCCACAAGAAGAAGAAAGGAAAAAACAUCCGGCCAGCGACUUCCCGAAACUCCGCCUUCGAAAGGCUGGGGGAUAGGGAGGAAGGCCAGAGGAAGUCAGCCAAGCAAAGGCUGGGGCAGAGCGUUGCCCAUUUCAGCGCGUUCGCCCGGCUAGGCGAGGUGCGGGAGGCCGAGCCUGCCCGCACCCGGCGCUCUUGGUCUAACCGGCAGGAGCCAGCGAGGACGAGGGCCUCCCACCAGGAAGGGGAGGCAGAGAGCCAGCCCAGGUUACCGGUGGCGAACCGGUUAACCAUCCCAAACGACCGCGUCCAGCAGAUGGAGGCAAAGCUGGAAAGGCUGGAAAAGAAGGUCGGAGAGAAGAAUGACCGGGAUAAACCCCUGGCAGGGUCCCCGUUCACCGCAAGGGUCCAUCUGAAACCUUUCCCGCGAAAAGUCAAGAUCGACGCCCCCAAAUUCACCGGGAAGGAAGAUCCGGAAAUCCAUCUGGACUCCUUCAACCAGAGUGCGACCAUGAACGGUUGCACCGAUGAAGAAAAGUGCCUUCUUUUCUUCCAGACAUUGCGGAACCGAGCCACUGAAUGGUUCAAUAAGCUUCGCCCGGGAAGCAUUGAUUCAUUCAGUGAUUUGGCCUCAAAAUUCAAGGCCAACUUCCAGGAGAAUUGUACUAAGAGGAAGAAAUUCACCUAUCUUAGUACAGCCGGGCAAAGGGAGUCUGAGAACCUUACUCAGUUCCUUACCCGGUGGAAGGAAGAGGUGGACAAGGUGGAAGAAAUGGAUGACAAGACCGUUCUCUCCAUCCUCUUGAAUGGCUUGCGUGCUGGGGAACUAUACAAGGAGUUCUGCCGGAAACCCCAGCCACGUACCAAGAGGCCUACCAUAAUGCGUGGGAGUUUGCUGAGGCUGAAACCCAACUCCGGGCAAAGAGAGAAGCUGAGCAUGGUCAUAAGUCCAAGCCGGUGCAAGUCAAGAAGGAAGAAGCACCGGGACCUAGCCGGCCGAGGCACCACUAUGACCCGGUCAUCCGAGUGGUCAAUACGGAGGAAUGCCAAGAAGUCCGGAAAGCACCGGUCAUUCCUCCAGAGAACCCUACCGGGGGUCAUCCGGCAGAUGAUCGAUAGCGGAGAGCUGGGCAAAGAUUACUUGCAAAAAGCCCAGGAGAAGAGUCAUCAAUGGGUUAGGCCAACUGCCCCAGGGAAUGACCGGGACAAUAACCGGCGGAGGAAUAACCGGCCAAGGGAGCGGCAACCUGCCCCCGAAAAAGAACACAUCGGCAUGAUCUUCGGCAGACCCGAGGGCAGAGAUUCAGCCGCGCAGCGGAAGAACUGGGUCCGGAGCAUUUACGUGGGAGAAGUAAGUGCUGAACCACCCAGGCGUAAACAUACUAGGAGGGAGCCGAUCGUCUUUACUGACCGGGAUCUCCCUCCUACCGGUGAAGAUCACAAUGAUCCAUUGGUCAUCACCAUGGACAUUAAUGGGGUGGAUGUUGCCCGGAUACUUGUUGACACAGGCAGCAGUGUCAACAUCUUAUACCUGGAGACCUUCCAAAAACUCAGGUUGUGUCGAACACAACUUGAACCCCUCAAAACUCCUCUCUCAGACUUCACGGGGGACACCGUUGAAGCUGAAGGAUCCAUAGUCCUACCGGUCGAACUAGGAUCAGGUGAAAAGACUGUGUGGAAGAAGAUGCGGUUCAUAGUUGUGGACAUCAAAUGCGUCCACAACGCAAUUCUAGGAAGGCCAGGCAUCAAUAAAGUCGGGGCGGUGAUUUCCAUGCCUCAUCUAUGCAUAAAGUUCCACACUCCAGGUGGUGUGGGUGAGGUGAAGGGCGGCCAGAGGAACGCCCGGGAGUGCUAUGCCCGGGCAGUCAAGAAAAUGACCAGCGGGGUCAAUGUCAUCUCCCAAGAGAUCACAAAGGGAGAGACCCGGGAGAAACUGGAGCCCGAGGCUGAGACGGUGGAAAUCGAACUUCACCUGGGUGAUUCUUCGAGGAUGGUCAGAAUUGGAGCAAAUCUCCCCGAGGAUCUCAAGGAGCAGAUUACACGGGUCCUCCAAGAAUACGCGGGCAUAUUCGCGUGGAGCGUGGCGGAUAUUCCCGGGAUAGAUCGCUCUGUUAUCUGCCACCGGUUGGCCGUGAGGGAGGGAAGUCGACCGGGACAGGCCCUUGCUGACUUCCUAGUAGAAAUGACCGGUCUAACUCCAAACUUACCGGUCAACAAGCCCACUGAGGAAUGGUGGGAGAUGGCAGUUGAUGGGACAUCCGGUCCUAGAGGAUACAGGGGUGGUAUCGUGUUCACCACCCCAGAAGGGUUCAAGAUCUACCAUGCAAUCGUCUUCAACUUCAAGCUGACGAACAAUGAGGCAGAAUAUGAAGCUCUGGCUGGAGGGCUCAGACUUGCCCAAGCCCUGAAAAUCAGCCGGGUCAGUAUCAAAUCUGACUCUAGCCUGAUAGUAGGGCAGGUGACCGGUAACAUGGAAGCAAGGGAAGGACGCAUGGCACAAUACAAGGACCUUGUACUUGCCCUGUUGAAAGGCUUCGAAGAAUUCAAGAUCGCCCAAAUUCCCCGGGCNUUCAAGAUCUACCAUGCAAUCGUCUUCAACUUCAAGCUGACGAACAAUGAGGCAGAAUAUGAAGCUCUGGCUGGAGGGCUCAGACUUGCCCAAGCCCUGAAAAUCAGCCGGGUCAGUAUCAAAUCUGACUCUAGCCUGAUAGUAGGGCAGGUGACCGGUAACAUGGAAGCAAGGGAAGGACGCAUGGCACAAUACAAGGACCUUAUACUUGCCCUGUUGAAAGGCUUCGAAGAAUUCAAGAUCGCCCAAAUUCCCCGGGCGGAGAACGCGGAUGCAGACCUUCUCUCCAAAUUGACGCAGUAUGCUCCCGAGCAUGUUUCGAAACUUGCCCGGGUAGAGAUCCUUGACCGUGCAAGCAUCGAGAAAUUGGAAGUCGCCGCUAUAACGACCGGAAGCCAGUUUGACCGGUCAAACUUGGUCAGGGCGGACGACCAUUGGAUGUAUGAUCUGAUGGAAUAUUUGAUGGAUGGGAGCUUGCCAGAACAAGAUGACCGGGCAAGAAAAGUAAAGCUAAGGGCGCCCCGAUUCCAAAUUCUUGAUGGAAAGCUGUAUAAAAGGGCGUUUGGGGGGCCACUCCUGAGAUGCCUGACCAACCGGAAGGCUGAACGAGUCAUAGCGGAAGUCCACGAAGGCGUAUGCGCGGCGCAUCAAAUGUCCCUCGAAGUUACUCGGGCUAGUCCUUCAGAUGAAGUGAUCAAAGAGAACUUUGAAGUUCCACCGGUCGAAAACAAUUGAGAGGUGGCCUGAUUUAUGUACCGGUUAGAAUUUCUAUGAUGGAAUUUUAAGAAGCAAGAGCAAAGUAUAGGUCAACAAGCAAGCAGAUAUGGAAGAUUAACCGGUAUGAAAAUUAAACAUGGCAUUCAAAUGAAAUAAAAUUGUUAAGUGUUU